CUUUGUGACCGUUGGAAUGUUGGUGGCUUUUCUUCAGGAUCCGCUCCUCUUUCUCCUCUUGUCAUCUUUGAACACAGACACAGAGACAGAGACAGAGAGAGUUGCAGAGAUGACUGAAGAAGGCAAUCUACCUCCCCAAACUCGACAUGAACACGAUCUUCAACUGUCAACAUCCUCCUCCCUCGGCUUCGUCUAUUACAGCUGCGGUGCUUGCGGGUACAACUUGAAUCUCAGCUCAAGUAACCGGCACACGUUAUCGGUUAUUGGGUCCGAGUACGGGAAGCUCGUGAGGAGAGGGAUCGUCUCCUUCUUUUCGAUCGAUGAGAGCCGGUUCACUCAGAUGGAAGAGGUCAAGUACCGGCCCUACUUCACCUCCAAGCGCUCGUGGGGCCUGCUGAGGAGGAGAACCAAGCUUCUCUGUCGCAAAUGCGGGGCCCAUGUCGGGAACUCGGACAAGUGUAGGGCGUCUUCCUCUGAGUCAUGGGAUGGGUUAUCUGAGAGUCGAAUCUUUAGUAUAAAGAUUGGCGCUUUACAACCUUUAUCCACAGAGCACUUCAUGAUAUAGACACGGGCAAACUAGUUCUUCUUUUCGGUCUUUUUGGAUGGAUAUCGAGUGACAAAUAGAUGAGUUAUUCGUUUUUCUCGGUUGGGGACUGUUUGUGUUUGUAGAAUUCCUUCAUCUUUCCUAUGAAAAACAUGACGCAGUUUCGAGAUUCUGACCCAAUAAAAAAGAUAUUCGAUAGUCA